AAAAGUAUGUAAAAGGACAGCAAAUACGGUUAGUUUGACAAGCAGUAGCCUAUACGCAGUUAUCCACUCAGUGAAGGGCCACAAUAAAAAGGAGCUGUGUGUCUUGAGGAGAGCUGUAUUGCACAUGCGCAGUAGGACGGUUUCCAUAGCGCCGCUCCGACCUGCUGAGUGAGUUGAUUCUUCAACUUCUGAUUCAGGUCCCUCGGUGACACAAUCCCGAGGACGUCGGAUUAUUUUAUCCUUUUUACGCUUUUAAUUGUUUCGGUUUAUUUAUUGGCCUUUUAUUUCAUUAUGUGAAUUGUACAUUUUGAAGCGGAUACUCUAAUUAUGGGAUAUCAAACGGUGGAAAUCUCCGUCAGCAUCUGAACAGGAAUAUUUUUGUUUCAUCUCAUUGUCGAUUUCUUUCAACGGCAAAAAUGAACUGCUUCAACAAAAAGCUGAGACGCACAUCUCCCAUACAUGGCAGCAGUACAAAUGAACUGGUCCCCUCAAAACCUCCCAGGAUGAACGGAUGGUCGUGGCCCCCUCAGGCUUUCCAAGUAGUCGGCUGGCUGGUGUACAGCUACCUCGGGAUCGUCAGCUUCGGCAUCUAUAUCCCUCUUCUGCCUCCGCCAUGGAACCAUGUGGUCUAUUCUGUGAUUGGCAUAGCUUUUGUUUUGCACUUUUUCACCCAUAUUGCAGCUGCCACUAUAGACCCAGCAGAUGCCAGUGUGAGGGCCAAACAGAGCUACUCAAAUCCAAUGCCCUUUUUUGACCGGAUGAAGCAACCGCAUGUCAUCAAGGAUCUACACUGUUAUCUUUGUGAUGUCAAGGUUGGCCCCAACGUUAAACACUGUGGUGUUUGCAACAAGUGUGUGGAAGACUUUGAUCACCAUUGCCAAUGGCUGAACACGUGUGUGGGGGGCAGAAACUACUGGUGCUUCUUUGUGGCACUGUGCUCUGCUACGCUUGGUGUCUUCAUUCUCGUUGUUGUCAUCUUGUUCAUAUGUAUUCAGCAUUACUUGAAUCCAGACAGCCUCCGGACUGCCCCACAGUUUCACAAUCUGCUGGGGAACAGUACCUGGCUGGUGUUUUUACCCUUAGCACCCAUAAAGACUAGUUCAGCUGCUCUGCUUAUCUUAGCCUUUGUGACAGCCAUGCUGAGCAUCGCCUGCCUGCUGCUGCUCGCUCAUCUGCUGGGCUUUCACUGUUACCUCUUUUUUAAAGGCAUAAGCACGUAUGAUUAUAUAAAGACGCAGCGCCAAAAAGAAGGCAGAAAAUCUGAAUCAGAAAAUCCAAAAGAUGUGAAAAUCCAUAACAAGACCCUACAGAGUCAAGAUACCUCCAUUGACUGUGAGCCAGCAUUAUCACAGAGUUCUGGUACCUGCAAAUUGCAAAAUAAAGGCUCACUCACAAGCCGAUUUUCAGAGUCCAUAUGCACUGAGUUGGAAACCUUUAGGAAAUCGGCAGAUAAAGAGAACAGUUUCCAUUAUGGCACAGAAAAUCCCACAAAAAACGCAGCAAGUAAGAGUUUGACAAUUAUAUCUACACUUUUUUUGCAUCAGCCUAAUUUAAGAUGCCAGAGAUGCAAAAAUAUUACAAAAUACAGAAUGAUUGGACUGCAUUACAGUGUAAAUAAAGUAUUUAUACAUAUCAAUUGCAGACAGAUUUAAGGACUUUUGUCAGCAUAUGGAUUACAAACGAAUAUUAGUCCAUACAGUUUGUAAAUAAUACUUAUCUCCUCUUGAUUCCUGAAGAGGCUCAGAGCGGCGUUGUGACGUCUGCUCACAGAGUUCCAGGAGUGCAGGACCCUCUGGGCAGCGCCGUUAUGACUCCAGAUGACACUUAGCAGUACCUGAUGUCCGUAUGGCGGUGCAUCGGGAUAAGCUGCUCUGAGGAUUUAUUAUUUUAUCAAGAAACAUUUGCGACACAAUCACACGGAGCAUUGUGAUCUGGACAGAGGACGUCUUGAACUUCAUGGAAUGUUUUUGUCCUCCAGUGGAUAUUUUGUAUGCAGUCUGAACUGUGAAGCCGUCAUUGUGUUUCUUUUCUUUUUUUUUAUCUGCACUUUUUUAUGACAACCUUUUGAAUGAUUUAAAACAUUGUUUUAUCUCACCGACUUUUGAAAAGAGAGCCAAAGUCCGGCCCCACUUCCAGGUCGGCCCCUAUUCCACUACACCGAGUCAGAUAAACGGACAGAUUUUGGCAUGUUUCUCAAACAGUUUACUGUUCAUAUUCCAAGCCAAAUGGGAUCAAGAAAUGUACUGGCAGUAACGUUCAGCCUCUUAUCAUUGUAUCUGAUGUCCAAAGAGAAAGCCUUUUAUGGCAAAAUGAAUAGCCUCACUGGAAGUAGUGGAGUGCACUGUGAAUUGUAUUUAUUAUUGAAUGAUUUCUCAAAACUGAUGGUGUUUAGAGACUGUUUUUGAUAGUAAAAAUAUUAAAUUAAACUCUUAAUGUUUUGAAAGUC